ACUAAGUUUCGAUUUCUCUUAUUUUGCGUUGGAUCACUAUGCGCUUGAUCAGACUGCUAGCUGCCUCUACUGAGAUUAGGACAAUACUGACACUGUUACCGAAUCAGAGAAUGCUGGAGGCCCUCAAUGGAUCUGGAGAGAAACACGAUUAACAUUUGGAGUGUGAUUUUAUGAAACAGAAGAAAAAUCACUCAAUCAAACUGUAUUGAUUACGUCAUAAUCAUUGACUAAUAAUGCAGGACUACAGGCCGGAAAACAUUGACUGCUUCUAUUUUCAGUAUACUCACUGUGCCAAGGUACAAUGUAAUUUUCAACAUCGACAGAGCUGCAAGGAUUCAUCAGAGAUUUGUCUGAACUGGUUUCGUCACAGGAAAUGCAGAAACAGAGUGUGUCCCAGGAAGCAUUUAAACCAUGAGGUAAUGGUGGCAUACUUUCUGUGCCCAGCAGAGAAAAAUACAAAUCACUGUUUACAACUAACUUGCCCCAUGUAUCAUGAGAAAGCCCGGCAGUUCAUUGAACACGGUAUAAUUCCACCAAACUCAGUUCCGACUCUGUCUCAAGUCAGAAGAAAGAAAAUGGUGCACCUUGUAAACCUUGAAAACCCUCAGGUGCAAAACAUUGUCAAAAGUGGAAAUCAGCUUUUGAACAAGGUUCGUUCAUUCAUUGCAAAUUCAGUGCGGGAGGGAAAGCUUACUCAAGAUAGAGGAAGAUCCUACUACAAAGAGAUUUUGCACACAAUAUUAUUUUAUGGGAACAUUAGUGAUCCUGUCAUUGAACCCAACUCAUUUUUUAAAAAAGAAGAAUUUGAGCUAUUAUCCAACAAGUAUCCAGAUGUCUUUCGGAAUUACAACACCCACCUUCCAAGACGUCCUCCUUUCACAGUGCUACUUGAUGCAGUUAUUGAAAUCUUGGGAACAAGAAAUCGUAACGAAGUUUUUAAGUGCCUGUUGCAUCUGAUUGAAGAAAUGGCUCUGGAACUUUCUGAUGACAGAAGUAACAAAUGUGGAAACAUCUUUGUGUCAACUGUCAUCAGCUACUGCUAUUUUGUGAAUCAUCACAUCACAAAUGAGAAAACAGACAAUUAUUUUGGUGCUUCAGUGUCAUGUAGAGGAAGACAACAGAAAGAAAUUAUGAUCGAUAUAUUGUGCUGUGUAACAUGGCACCGGGAUGUUAGCCUGGCAGUAUGUAUUGGUAACUGGUAUAAAAACCAAUGUCUUUUGUUCCCUGAAACCAUGUACUCCACAGCUUACAGUGUAACCUUCAGUGAAGAAAUCCCUCCUGAAACAGGCACUACAUUAAACAAUCAACACGGGCACACUGGGGUUGGAUCAGGAGAUGUCCAGAAUACUGAUGCUCUGGAAAAUAACUCAAUUCUUAAGCGACGUGCACACUUAAAACUCAUAGCACCUUGUGAGAGAUGCCUCAAAAUGUUCCCGAAUAUAGUUUACCAUCCAAGGCCAGAAUACCAUAAGCAUCCAUAUUGGGAAUAUGGGAACUGUGCUGAGUGUGAAUCCUUAAGUCAACUUCUGUAUGCAAACCCGCAAAUUGUCGUGAGGCUUGGGUAUUUUGUCCAGAGAACAAUCAUGUACUCUCCAGUUGAACAAGUUCAUCUGCCAAAUGAUCUGAUUUUUAGAAAACACCGAAGACUUGCAGAAAAUCUCAGAUCCCUAGGGUUUGAUGUGGGUGAGCAUUUAUCAUUUUAUGAUCCAUCUGGCACUGACAGUACUGCACUAGAAGUAUUUCAAUCUUGAUAGCAUAUUUUCAAGAAGUUAUGUUUCUGUAGUUCAGUGAAUUUCUGUAUCAUAGAUUGUAGAAGAGAAAUUGACCUUUUAACUUUUAAAUAUAGUGGGCAACAAAAUUGAGUGCUGAGGUAUUCCUUGCACUCAUCAUUGCUAGAAUGCAAAUGGUAGAAUGUGUUGAAUAAUGCAUCAUUUGCAUUGCAUCCAAAUAUAUCCAAAUAGUAGCAAAAAGAAUAAGGACCAGAAAGAGUGAUCACAAUAUUGUAGAAUUUCACAGUAUGUUUGUGGAGAUGUGGUUGCAGUGCAACACUGCCUUGAAAGUUUUCAUCCUCGUGUGCAAAUCAUUUAACAGCUCACUCUUCGUUAUCUCUGUCGUCUAUGCCAAUCCUGUAAUCCACUUAGAAAAUUAGUUUCAUAUCAGUACAUUUGUCCAUUCACUAUGCCAUUGGCAGCAGUGCCUUUUGAGAUCUAAAUGCUCGAUUCCGGAUUCUCUUGUGAAACUGUCUUUCCACCUUUAUCUCCUCUUUUAAGACCAAUCUCAAAGUCCAGCUCUGACCAGACCUCAGUCACCUCAUAAUUCUUUGCCUAAGAAUCAGUUUGGUCUGAUGAAGCACCUUUCAAUGAUUUAGGGUGUAUCAGGUACUGUCAGACCAGAAGUGAUAGCUCUUAAAUGUAAGCAAUGAAAUAACUUUUGUGUGUUCAUGAAGAGAAAUUAGGUGUUGCUCUGAAUCCAAGAAAAAAUGCUAAGCUGUUACCACCACAGAAUAACCCUUUUUGCAGAACUCACCCUCACUCCAUCUGAUUACCAGCUUUGUUGGGGUUUCUUUGGCAAAAUGCCUUUGUGUUGCCUGAUAUUGUGCUAGCCUGAACUCAGCAGCUUGCCUCUGGGCACCCAUUUGAGGUGGGCAUUUUGCUGGCUCCAUUUUCACAAGACUUAGAAUCAUAGAGUUGGACAGCACAGGGAGAGAUCCUUCAGUCCAACUCAUCCAUGCCAAACAGAUAUUCUAAACUGAUCUAAUUGGCCUAUAUUCCUGUUCAUAUACCCAUCCAGAUGCCUUUAAAAUAUUGUAAUUGUGCCAACCUCCACCAUGUCCUCUGCCAGCUCAUUCCAUACACGCACCACUUUCUGUGUGAAAAAGUUGCCCCUUAUGUCCCUUUACAUUUUCCCCUCUCACCUUAAGACUAUGAUCUCAAAUUCUGGACUCCUGCUUCCCAGGGAAAAGACCUUGUCUAUUUAUCUUAUCCAUGCCCCUUAUCCAUGUAUAAAUAUCUACAAGGUGACCCCUCAGCCUCUGAUGCUCCAGGGAAAACAGCCCCAGUCUAUUUAGCCUCUCCAUAUAGUCAAACCCUCCAACCCUGGCAACAUCCUUGUAAAUCUUUUCUGAACCUUUCCAAGUUUCACAACAUUCUUCCGAUUGGAAGGAGACCAGAAUUGCAUGCAAUAUUUCACAAGUGGCCUAAUCAUGACCUCCCACCAUUACAAUGGCCAAUCACCCAUCUCUUCCCCAACUGCUCAAUGAUCCACUCUUGAAAUUGUCCAUUCAGCCAUCAGGGAGUUCAAACUCCUUCUCAUGACAAAAAAAAAGUGAAUCUCGGAAGUAAAUAAAGAAAAUAGACUGAUGAAAUGCCAGUAAUUGCCAGGAACUAUAGCAGAUAAUACAUUAAAAAUAUUGCCACUAAUCACUUUAAAAUGACUAUAACCUGUCUCCAUUUCAUGUGUGUCAGCCUGCAACUGGAGAAUUGUGAGCAGUUUUCUUUCCCUUGCCUAAGGUGACUAUAAUUACUUCAUUUCAGAGUUCAGUGGAGGUGUACCAGACGAAUUCCUGUGAUGCCAGGACUAACAUUUGAGGAGAGAUUCAGGACACUAGGCAUGUGUUCUCUAGAGUUUAGAAGAAUUAGAGGAGAUCACAAAGAAAUUUACAAGAUAAUUAGAAGGAUGAACAAGGUAUAUACAUGAAGCUUGUUUAUCUUGGCUGGUUUGGGAGGUGCGAGCAGGAAGGUUCUGGAACCAGGGCAUACAGUAUCAGAGGCAAGCCAUUUAGGAAUGAGGUUAGGAGAAGCAUUUUUAAUGCAGAGGCUAUUGAACAUUGGGAUAUUUUUAACUUGUGAUUCUCAUCCAUUCUCAAGGGAAGGGGAUGUAGGUGCAAGGAUCGUACCAGAAUAGAAAUCAAACCCACAUUGCUGGUAUUAUUCUAAACCAUGCCCCAGCCAACUUAGCUAAUAAACCCCCCACCAUCCAAUAUAUCUGUCAAUAAUUUUUACUUUAAUUCCUCUCAUUAAUUAACCUGGAAAUAUGACUUUGAGUUCUAUAUAAUGUGAACCUCACUAAGUGCCAAUAGGAAAUGACAUAGUCAUUUGUAUGCAAAAAUGAUAUUAUGUUCACACUAAA